AUAUUUAAAAAAUAAAUAAUGUAAAAAAAACGUUUUAUCUUAACAACUUUUGUAUUUUUGUUAUAUAUUGUUCCAUUUAUGAAAUGUGAUUAUUAAGAAUUAAAUAAGUGGAUUCCAUGUACUCCAAAUGAAAGAAAAUUAAAAUUUUGUACAAUGAUAUAUUUUCCAGUAUGUGGCAAGUUGUCAUAAACUGAAACUAAAACUUAUGGAAAUCGUUGUUCAGCCUGUACUGAUCCUUUAGUAUCUGAAGUAAUACUAGGUUAAUGCAAAAAUGAUUAAUAAAAAAGGGUUUAAAGUUAAUGCUUAGAAUAAGAAAAAUUAACAUAAACUUGCCCAUAAAAUGAAGCACCAGUAUGCGCUAUAUUUGAAGAUUUUGAAAGUAGAAAUUUCAAAAAUAGAUGUCAAGCUUGUUAAUAAAAAGGAAUAUUAUAAAUAGAAGAUGGCGAAUGUAUGGUUAUGAAAGAAAAAGACGAAUAAUCAUUCAAUCAUUAUUGUGAUUAGAGAGAAAAAGAAAACAUUAUAUGCAGCUUGGAUUAUGAACCAGUAUGUGGAAUUAAAAAUAUAGAAUUAUAUAAAUAAUAAUAGAGAACUUAAUUUACAAAUAAAUGUUUUGCAUGCUCAUAAGGAAAUUUCGAUUUUUUAUUAGAAGGAGAAUGUUAGAAAUAUCCUUAAACAGUAUAUUUAUGUUAACCGGGAGGUUAUAAUUUUAUUAAGAAUUGUUCUUAAGAAAAGGAAGAUGUAGUUUGCGCAUUAAAUCUUAAUGGAUAAAUGGUUGACUUUAAAAAUAUGUGCUCUGCUUGUAAGGAUUAUGAAAUUGUUUGGGGUAAAUAAGGAGACUGUAAUAAAUGAGAAAUAAUAUAUUUUUUAUUUAAUUAUUAAAACAAAAACAAGUAAUUUAUUAAUUUUUUGUUUUUUUGUUUUUUUUUUCAUCACUUUUAUAAUAAUUUUGGGAAAAAAAAAAAUUAUUCGUUAUUCCCCAAUUUUAUAUAUGAAAAAUUAAAUCAAAAGUAAGUUUAAAAAUAUUAUCAAUUAUUAUUGGUAUAAGCAUUUUUAAUAAAUCAGAAGAUACUUCAAUACAAGGACUAUUAUUAAUGUCAAUUAACCAAAGUAUUAAAUUUCUCAUUCAAUAAAAAAAUUAUAUCUGAAAAUCUCAAAAUAAUAUUUCUAUAAUAAAUAACUUUUUUAAUUGGAAAA